UGAUCGUAUGAAGGAUGUGAAGAGUAGAGCGCUUCCGAUAAGACCGGCGAGUAAAACGAAGGUGAUGAUCGUAUGAAGGAUGUGAAGAGUAGAGCGCUCUCGAUUAUGUUGAACGUAAUGUGAGGCAAGCAAGUAGAUCACUGCAGCAAGGGAAAAACAUGAUUGUUGCGGGCUUUGCUGACUUGGGAUCGAGCCAAGUGUUUUGGCUGCUGUAAGAGAGUGAGGCAAGCAAGUAGAUCACUAUAGUUUGUUCACGCUGAGGCCUCACUGAUGCCAAACCUUUAUAAAUGUUUAGUACUUUUCCAUGUCUCAUCUUUUUAUGGUUUUGUUUGACUAAUAAGUUGCUUUGUAUGUACAUUGCAAUAGUAUAUACAAAUGGGAAUUGAUAAUGGAGAUUUACAAUGAUGCUAAUAAGUCACCCAAAUCGAUAGCUGUUAGCAACUCCAGUCAGGCAAUUGAUUGGUUGGAAGCUGUAUUUCUAGAUUUGACUGAACAUGGAACUAGAGGUGAUAAUAAAGUGGUGGUGAAAGCUCAUCCUUAUGCUUUGCUUGAUGCAUCAUUGGCUUUACAAAACGAAUAUACUCUCUCCACGACGAUGGCGUUGAUUCAACAGCCUUACACUCUCUUCCCUUCACAAGUUCAGGCCACAGGAAGAGAUGCAGCUCUCAAAACGCCAUCUGUUCACGCCGUGCUAAGUACAUGCCAAGAAGAGUCCGACGUAUCAUCUCUGUUGGACAAAACUACACCGUCACAGAGGGGAGUUCAAGCCGCGAAACCAACGAGACAGAAGACACCCCACAACAAGAUUAAGGUGUGAUAUAUAUGUUUCAUGUAAAUACUCAUGAUAAUCUAGUUUAAAUUCUAUUC